AUGUCGAGUAGCAAUAAAGUAACGUGCUAUACGGACAUUGAUACAGAUAAAUGCGAUUUUACGUGGGUAAUUGAUAAUGUUGCAUUGAUUUGGAACAAUGGAGCUCGUACAAUAUUAUCACCUGUGUUCAAUGUCGGAUCAGAUGAUGAAAAACAGUUUAAAUUAAAAUUAUAUGCAAAUACAAAGAUGGUUAAAGGUGUAAACCAUGCAAUUUUAAUUAUAAUUUGCGAAAAGAGCCCUCACCGAUUGUCAUUUGAGUGCAAGCUAUCAGUUAGUAAGGAUAACAUAAUUGCUUACAACAAGAACAGUAUUUCUGUAAUAAGUGAUGGAUUUGGGAGUGAACUAUUUGCAAUUCCCAUUGAAGAUAUGAACAAACUCAUUUCAUCCGCCAGUACUGUAAUUUUUCGCUGCGAAUUAUCAUUUUCAAAAGGAGCACAAAAGGAUUUGCUUAGCUACGAAUUCGACGAUGCGAAUGAAGUACCAAAACUGAAGUUCGAUUCGGCGCUUUUCAACGAAAAUUUGAGCGAUGUGAAGCUACGAACUGCAUGUGGCAAAGAGAUCCCAGCCCAUAGGAUCGUACUCGCCGCUGCAAGUUCGGUAUUUCAAGCUAUGUUUAGCCAUGAUAUGCUAGAGAACCAAAGCCAAUCAGUUGAUAUGAUCGAUAUCAGUUACGAAGCUGCAGUUGAGAUGUUGAGAUACAUCUACACAGGUAGUGUUGAGACUGAAGAAUUAUCCGCGAUUGCUGACCUGUUGGCAGCCGCCGACAAGUAUCAACUUGAAGGGUUGAAACAUAAGUGCGAGAAAAUAUUAGUCUCCAAAUUGACGGCUGGAAAUUGUGUGGAAAUUCUCAUAAUCGCUGAUAAAUAUAGCGCGAGCAGUUUGAAAAAGAAAGUAAUUGAUUUUAUAAAACUGCGUAUCAACGUACACUUGGACUCGGAUGAUAUAGGUGAUAUGAUUCUCAAUGGAUCGGUUUCUAUCAAAAUGACCUAA